AUGAAUAUUCAGCCAAAUCUUUUAUUUGAUGACGACGAUGACGAAAUAUUAGAGUUUAUUAAUUAUCGUCGAAGACCUUACACGGUACGAGAUAGAAUUAAUCAUAUGAUAAAAUGGGAUGAUCAUGAUUUUUUGAUAAGGUUUAGACUUUCUAAAGUUGUUGUUGAACAAGUUUUAGAAUUAAUAACGGACAAUAUAUCUGUAGAAAACCAAUGGAAUUGUGCAAUAGCACCCAUAGACAAAUUAUUAUUAACACUGCGAUUCUAUGCAUCAGGAAGUUUUCUUAUUACUGCUGGUGACUUUCUCGGUGUUAGUAAAUCUUCUGCAUGUGUAAUUGUUCGUACUGUUAGCACAGCUAUUGCAAGCCUAUGUCAUCAAUUUAUUCGUAUGCCAACUACAGAUGAAGAAGUCCCAGGAGGUCAUAAUGCUGAGUAUUUUCGAAACCGAAAAGGAUAUUUUUCAUUGAACGUCCAAACAGUUGUUUCGCCUGAUUUAAAAAUAAUGGACAUUGUAGCUCGCUGGCCAGGAUCUUGCCAUGAUCAAACAAUUUUCAAAAAUUCAAAUAUUUACAGUCAAUUGGUUAAUGGUAAAUGGGGAAAUAGCUUAAUUGUUGCAGAUAGUGGAUAUAAAAAUAGUAGUCAUAUUGUGACUCCUUUUAUAAAUCCAAGGGGAAAUAUUGAAGAGCUGUACAACGAGUCAAUAAUUAGAACCAGAAAUCCAGUAGAAAGAACAUAUGGAGUUCUUAAACGUAGAUUCCCAAUUGUAUCUCUUGGUCUACGCUUGAAGCUAACUACAUCACAAGCUAUAAUUGUUGCUUGUUCUAUAUUACAUAACAUUGCAUGCGAUAACAAUGAUUUAGAAGCCCCUGAUCUCAUAGACGUAGUAUUACCACCAAAUGAAAUAAUCAAUGUUAAUCAUGAAGUAAUAGAUGAAGAAGGUUGUGCAAGACAACAAUUGAUAAGAGAGUAUUUCUCUAGACUAUAA